AUGGCCGACCAACAUGACUGUAAUCCGUACAGUACAGUGAUAGAGGAUGAAUCCCUGCAUGUUAUUCCACCACCAACAGGGAAAAAGCGCAUUCCGCGCUUGUCGACAAUCGAAGGUCUGUGCUCAAGCCUUCCAAUUCUGGAUAUUGCAAGUGAGCUUUUAGUUAAUUAUUCCAAGGUAAAAUGUGACGGAGAGAGGCCAUGUACAAGGUGCCAAAAAUUAGAGAAGCAAUGCGUAUUCUUCGAAAUACCGAAAGACCCCGUCUCAGAGUAUGCACUUGUGGUAUGUAAUUACCAACCAAGGUUGACAUUUCCCAGACGGAUCGAAAGCGUCGAGUCCGAGGUUCAAUAUCUCCGAAGACAGCUAGAUGAAAUACACAACUUGCUUCAACAGAGCCGCUCACAGCCCACGCCAAAAUCCCAACUGACACACUCCCCAAGUCACCUCCGUGAUCGACAACACCGAGUGCGCCACGAGAGCGCUUGUGGUUCCUCUCAUUAUCCUCAUUCACAGGAUCACUCUCAAGAAGGAUUUCCAAAUAUACCCGCCACAAGCUCCGCCGGCUAUACAAAUGGUCAGCAAUACCAAAGGUCUAUUCCGGGGUCCAUACCAGCCAUGUCUCCAAAUGAGACCUCGGCUCAGGCUCUCUACGCAUCUAAGCAGAUAAUCACGAGACCGCUCAAGAGAAAACGAUCUAGGUUUGAGAUUCGAGAGGAUCCCAUUACCGACUUUAUUAACAAAGGACUCAUCACCCUUGAAUGUGCUGUGUCAUACUUCAAUACGUACGACAGGUAUAUCCCGAUCUUCGACCCUCAAUAUGACACUUUCGACUCCAUUCGAUCACGAAGUAGUAUUCUUCUCAACGCAAUAUGUACUAUUGGCUGCAUGGUUGAAACUAGAUCCGGAGGUUCAAUGUCCGAUCUUCUUCACGCCGAACUCAAGAAAUAG